GCUGAAAGAUUUGGAAGAAGAUGGCCACUCCGAACCAGAGCAACUAUAAUACAGAGUCACCAGCAGCCCUGGAGGAGGCCAAGAUAGAUUCCGGAACUCUCUCACUGAAGACUGGAGGUUGGCCCUCCCUCUCCUUGGUUGGGACCUCUUUCCUGUCAUUCAUAUAGAAGAGUGAUACCAACUUCUGCCUGGAAUAAAUACACUGAGUCUUCUUUACCCUAGAAGGAUAGAAAGGAGAGUCUUAUUUUCCAAUGUCUUUUGGAUCCCCCUAUCUUAGAAGCUUUAGGUCAUUUAACAAAUAUUUAUUGAGCAUUUACCUUGUACAAUGCAUAGGGAUAUAGCCGUGAGUUGAACAGACAAGACACAUUCUCGUGGGAAGAAGAUGGAUAGUAACUGGUCACAUGCUAAAUUCUGUGUUAACUGUGUGAUGUAAUAGAGAGUCACUGGGGAGGGGAGCUAGGAGAGGCUACUUUAGAUAGGGUGGUCAGGGAGGGCCUCUCUGAAGAGGUGACAUUGGAACUGAGCCCUAAAGGAUGAAAAAGAGUCAGCCAUGUGAGUAGCUGGCAGCAGCAUCAGCUGCAUGAUUUGUGGGGUCCAGUGCAAAAAGGGCUCGUUGUCCAAAAAUUAUUAAAAAUUUCAAGACAGGGACAGCAUUAAGCCAAGCAUGGGGGCGUUUCGGAACAUGGGCCUCUGUGCAACUGCACAGGUCACCUGCCGUGAAGCCAUCUCUGUCUAAAAGACAAGCUUUCUAGGAAGAGGGAAGAGCAUGUGCCAUUUGGGCUUCUAAUCAAGCAAAUGCAUGAGGAGCCAUCUUGUAGCCCAGUUUUCCCCCUCCCCUACUUCAUUCAUUCAGGCAGUAUUUAUAGAGCGCCUACUCUGUGCCAGGUAUUGUUCCAGGCAAUAAAAUUACAGAGUGAGACACACAGGCAACAUUCCUGCUCUCACUGUAAGUUUACUCAGAGAGGGUUGGGGGGCAGACAGUAGAUAGGUAAGCUGGUAAACAAAUGGUUGCAAAAAGGUGAGAGGCUAGAGAGGGACCAAGUUAGCUGGGUACGGGAAAGUUGGCUUCAGGCUGGGUGGACAGGACAGGCUGUCUGUGAUCCAGCCUCCCUUCUCCACUCUCUUUAGACCUUUGGUGCUCCAGGGAGCCCCAAAACACUUCAUGAGCCUGUUGACUCUGGUGGUUCCCUGCCCCUGACACCCCAGAUGGAGAGCCACUCAGAAGAUGAGGAUCUUACCAGGGCUGGCAGUGGCCUGGGCUGGAAUAGUAGGAGUCCCCGGACCCAGAGCCCAGGGGCCUGCUCAGCAGAGGCCGUGCUAGGCCGGAAGAAACACCGUAGGCGGCCAUCAAAGCGCAAGCGGCACUGGCGACCCUACCUGGAGCUGAGCUGGGCGGAGAAGCAACAGCGGGAUGAGAGGCAGAGCCAGAGGGCCUCGCGUGUCCGCGAGGAGAUGUUCGCCAAAGGCCAGCCCGUGGCACCCUACAACACCACCCAGUUCCUGAUGAAUGACCGAGACCCAGAGGAGCCCAACCUGGAUGUGCCCCAUGGGAUCUCCCACCCAGGCUCCAGUGGGGAGAGUGAGGCAGGGGACAGCGAUGGGCGGGGCCGAGCCCACGGUGAGUUCCAGCAGAGGGAUUUCUCUGAGACCUACGAGCGCUACCACACAGAGAGCCUGCAGGGCCGCAGCAAGCAGGAGCUGGUACGAGACUACCUGGAGUUGGAGAAGCGGCUGUCACAGGCUGAGGAGGAGACAAGGAGGCUGCAGCGGCUGCAGGUGUGCACUGGCCAGCAGCCCUGUCGCCAGGUGGAGGAGCUGGCUGCUGAGGUAGAAAGGCUGCGGACUGAGAACCAGCGGCUUCGGCAGGAGAAUGAGAUGUGGAACCGAGAGGGCAGCCACCGCAAUGAGGAGCUGGGCACCUAGGGGGACCCAAGGAGAAAGUCCUAUUUCAUGCCCACUCAGGCCAGCUGGGUCUCAAGGAGGCAGGUGGCAGAUGAAAACCACUCUCAGCACUCUGUGUCCCCUGAGAACAGCAAAAAUAGGUUCAGACUUCCACCUCGUCAUUUCCACAAUUGGUUCUUUGAUGUCACUACUUUUUACAGAGAAAUUAAACGGUCUUGGUGAGACCAAAUGGGA